UUGUUAUGCAUUUCGGUAAUUUUUAUCGAUCAAUGUGUGUGGUCUCGUGGUCGUUCGUGGUCGGUGAUUCCGGUUAACUACUGGAACUAACGAGCUUUCGAGAUUGAAUUGCAAAGCAGCCAGGGCACAAUCGGACAAGAGGUCACCGGCGAGCAGUCAGUCUUAUCAGUUCUCGCGCAUAUUCAGUGACUUAUUAUUAUUCAGUACAAGCCCGCCCAUUGACCAACUAUGAAGUACGUAAUUGUGUACCUGCUGGUGGCAUUGGCAGCGACAGUAGAACUGACAUUCGCCCAACAUUCGCAGCAGUUUCAAUCCUUUCGCAGAACCCGGAAACCAUCAACGUCUUCCCGGUGUGGAAUUCGACGGGUCCGCAGUCGAGGCCUGAUUGUCGCAGGUUCGGCAUCCAUUCCCGGUGAGUGGCCGUGGCAUGCCGCAGUUUAUCACGUCAACCAGACGAACCGCUCGCGGGAAUACAAAUGCGGUGGAACGCUGAUCAGUGCCGGUUAUCUGCUGACGACGGCUUCCUGUGCAUCCUACGGUCGUGGUGGUAAACCGGAAGGCACCAUCGUCGUAGAACUGGGACAGUACAAUCUGGUGGAAUCUUCCAUCCGGAAAGUGGAUGCCAUCGUAAGGAAUGUGUCGAUCCAUGAACAGUAUGUUCACGGUGAGUCCAUGUACGAUCUGGCCAUGAUGCAGUUGAAGAAUACGGUUCCACUCACGGACUACAUUCAACCGGUUUGUCUGCCGACUGCAGCCGAGAAAAUAGAACAAUACGAUGGUAAGAAUGGAACCAUCGUUGGUUGGGGAUUCGAGAAAGCUGGAAAACUAUCGGACAAGCUGCAGAGUGCUCAGGUUCCCGUCAUUCCCUAUUUGCAGUGUCUCAAAAGUGACCGGGAUUUUUUCGCACAAAAUCUGUACUCCGGAAUGUUCUGCGCCGGAUUGCUAAACGGAACGGCGCCCUGUUUCGGUGACGCCGGCGGAGGUAUGUUCUUCCGUGAUGAAGGUCAAGUUUGGACCCUACGUGGAAUCGUGGCCUUCACCGGUCGAGUCUACACGGAAACCGGCGGAUGCAAUACUCAGCAGUACUUCGGACUGGUAAACGUUGUUCACUUUCUAACCUGGAUCGAGGAGACGAUGGCCCGCUGGAAUGCUUCCAUCAUGCCGUCAGUUUUUGAAAUCAGGCAACCUCAUCAUCAGCAACAGCAGCGUUGGUAGCGUCGGAAAACGAGAAAAUCCGGGCGCUCCAAAAUUGAUGCGAAAUCCGGUGUCAGUGUGUGCGUGUGUGAGUGAAUGUCUUCGUGACCGUCUGCUUCCAAUUCGCUCCGUCUGGGCCACGAGGCUCACUUCGCUGAUCUCGCAUAACUAAUAACAAACAAUAUUUUGAUUAUGUCCAUUUUGAGAGGAAAAAUGCAAGAUUUAAAGCAAAUUAUCGUUAUUUAUCCGCUUUAGCGUUCUUUUUCGUUCGGUUUCUUCACGCUUCCUCGCGGUCCGGCUGGCUGCCAACAGCCGGAAUCCGCAACGAGUAUUUACUUUGUAGAUUCAUUUGUUUUGGUUCAGUAGCGUAGUUUGGGCAGUUUGAACUGAACUAGAGGCGGAGCGCACAACUCGACCAUUCGAGACAUGCUCAAACAUUCAGUGCUCUCUCUCUCACACUUUGUACUCCAGCGAUGUUAGGUAGACUUUCAUGCGCUAUGUUAACCACCACUCAAAAUUUUUCGAAAUUUGACUACAUUGUUACAUUCAGUCUCAAACAUAUUGAUUCCUAAAUAUGCACUAUCACCUUAAAAACUAUCCAGAGAAAGAGAUGUUAUAAGUUCUGAUAGUUGAAGCAAACAAAUUUAUUCAUUUCUGUAGAAGUACGUGGGUCAAAAUGAAGACAACAAAAUAUGUAUGAUGAAACAUGGUUUUAUCAAUUGCUGAAUAGGAAAUGACAGUUCAACUCAACGCUGCCAACCAUACCGAUUUUUGUACUCGAUACAGUAAAACAGAUACCUUAUGAUCAAAAAAGAACCGGAAUUUUAUUAAAACACGUGAUUAAUCCA